AUAAACACAAAGUCACGACGGCGAGACAGCUGACUUUCACUAUCGCAAGGCUGUUCCCAUGAUAUCUUAGAGACGUUUAUUUCUCGCAGGGAACGAGCACGAAGCGAUCCGGGCCAAAGUCGUUUCGGCGAAGUAGCGCAUUGGUUAACGGUAGUGCCAUCUAACUGCGUCUACAAGUAGACUAGCAGAUAUAUCAUGCUUUUAAAUUUUGCCCUUGGUCUUCGCUGCAGCACGUGUAGGUUCAUCAGUUCAUCAGUUCAGCGACGUCAAGCUGAACCAUGGCAGAUAUGAUAUUCAAGUACCCAACUAUGAUUAGCUGUGGGGGCUAUUUCCAGAACUUGACCACCAAAAUCCUCGACGUGAGCCUCCACCAGUUCGGGCUGCACAUAACUGACUUGUUUACCCUGUUACCCCUAUUUAUAUAUAUCCACACAUAUAGAUCGCUCAAAUGAACGUCAAAAAGAACAUUAUCGCCCUUGUCACCGGCACCGUCGUCGGUGCGCUCGCUCGGCGACGAACCGCUAUCUGGCGUAUGCUUUACAGGAAGUUGCAGCUUCCUGUAAGCUCCAAGCAAGCGCCGACAAGGCAAAAAGCCGUCCUGCGAGUGCUUUAUCGUUGCCUUCCGACGCGACUGCGGCAUUUACGCGCAAUGAUCUGCAGCUGAUCACGGCCGACGCGACGCCUCACGCCGCCUCCACAAGCGGCGGUACCGCCAGCCCGAGCGCUGGCGAUAGAUGCCACAAGCGCCCGCAGCACCGUCAGCAGCAUCAGUGCCAUUGGCUCGGCCAGCUCGGCAACCCCUGCAGCCGCCAGCUCGCUGCAUGCUUCGGCUUCUGAGUACACACUGCCCAUGCAUACGAACCCGCUUCAGGUCGCCGCCGCGCUGGCCCCCAAGCUGGAGUCCAGCUCGGACCGCUCCGACGUAUGCACGGGCAGCGGCUCAUCCGCCGGCUCUGGCGACACUGCACUCGGUAGCGCCAGCGAUGGCGCCCUUUCCGCCGUCGUCCGUAAGGACAGCAGCAGCACCACCACUACCGACGCCAGCACCGACAGCGGUCAUGUUUGCCCUAACGCCUCCAAGGGGGCACGGUCACCAGGCACUGUAAAGCUAGAGGACGAGGCCUGCAUGGACGACCAGAAGGUCAAGGCCUUCAUCAAGCAGCACGGUCUUACGCUCUGCAUCCCCCAGCGCGAGCUGGGCAAGGGCGCAUUCGGCCACGUGGAAAUGGUGAUCAUCACCCUGCCUGACGGCACCACCGUCAAGGCCGCACGCAAGACCCUGCACGCGUGUGAGACCAAGGGCGCUGUGGCUGCACUACGCCGCAUACUGAACCAGGAGCUGGCAGGGCUGGCUGCUUCCGCGGGCUGCGAGCGCGCGGUGCAGUGCCUGGGCUACCGGCUGCCGACUGAUGACGACGAGCGGGCGGAGCUGCUGCUGAGCUGUGCGGAGGGCGGCUCCGUAGAGAACCUGCUGGUGGGUGCUGGGCUAUGAGGCGCGGGGCGGGCGCGGUGACGGCGCCUGGUUGGCGCAUGCUCUGUACGGGGAUUGUGGUUGCUUGACUGCGGCUCCUCUCCCCUAACCUGCCCAUCCGUGCCUCUCAAUCUUUCAGCUCCUGACAGACUGGUCCCCAUCUAUCUGCUUUUUUCAUGCCGAACUGGCUGGCGACCGAUUACUUUGAUCUGAUU